UCAACAAACAAAACAACCUUAACCGUCUCUCUCUAACAACCAUCUCAAUGAUUCCCAUUUCCUGGACAAAUUCAAUUAUAGUUGCAAGUGUUUCAACAAUGAAUGAACUCAGAGAGAUACAAUACUCCUGUCUCUGAUGGAAGCUCGUGUUUCGUGUCGGAUGAUAUCCAAAUUCAGAAGACCCGAUUAAACACAUCUGAUCUCUGUCUUCGUCGGCGGCGGCAACUUAGCCAUGCCGGGUCCUGGUCCUCACCUGAUGUACGCCAUGUCUUCCGGUGUGGCUCUUACCACUCUCACCAAUGGUAGGUUCUGCCCCCACCAUACCUUGAUCUACACCAUCAACUCCUUCUUCAUCCCCGACAUCGGAUCCUUUACCGAAUGGCUCGCCUCCCUCGUUGGCGGUUUCGGCUUCGACUUCGGUUCCGAGCUGGCUGACACCAUCCACCACCCUUUAUACGACGUCAUUAUUCUCGGCCUCCCUCUUUGUAUUCUCUACUCUUGGCUCUCCAGACUCUUCCUCCUCCAUAAGCUCCUCGAUUCCUUCCCUCCGGUGCCCCUGACAAAGUUGCAAUGCAUCUUGUUGGUGUCAGCUGGUUCUUUCUCACACUUUUUUCUUGAUCACUUGUUCGAGGUGUAUGAAUGAUCAUGUUUGCAAGUCAUGUAUAUCCUCCUUACUUUUCAAGAAAAUGGGCAUUCUGGUAUGUAUACAUGGGUUUUGAGCACUGGUUGGUGGGAGGCCUGUGCACCUAUAAAUCCAGAUGCGGUUGUUGUUGUCGGCAUUUUAUGCAUUGGCUUAAUUGCUAGCUUUAUUUACAUCAACAGGUGAUUGUCUGAGUCUGUUCAUGUAUGUUUUGUUUUCUCUUUAUCUCAAGAAUGUGACUGAUCUUUGACAUGUCUGUUGAUAAAAUGUUUUGGCAUGCAGAGUUAAGCCUCCUAAGCCUAUUAACAAACAAUCACCAAUUGAAUCAUUGAAACUAAUUAUCAUAAUAGCAAGCAUGUACUACUUUUAGUGCGCAAGCCAAAUUUACUUGGUUGAUCCACAUCGGCCAGCAGUUGGUGAAGAAGCUGAUCUUGGGGUUUUGUGUUUCUAGCCACUUAUAUCUUCUUCCCUCAAUUUUUGUGUAUAUAGUCAAUGCGCACAAGAAGUUAUGAUGGAUUGCAGCUUCCAAAAUAACAUAUAGUCCUAUUGAUAGAGGCCAUGCCACUUUUGCAUUCAAGUACAAUCGGAGUAGAAUUUCCGAGUAAUUACCACAUUGCUGAGUUUUGUUAUGUUGUAGCUUGUUACCGUGAUCAUCAGGUAUAUCUCAAAAUCUUAUCUUUCAUAUUUUGUACUGAUAUAUAGUGUUGUAUCUUACUCAUAACUUUACUGAUAUCUGAUAUACACAUUGGAAAUGCUUAUUGACUAUAGCUGUACCUUGUAAUUCAUGAUGAAGCUUGAGUUUUUGCUCAUAUUGUUGGGGAAACCUUUGCAUCUCAUAUUAUUUCAACAAUUGGUCGCUACUUUUGAUAUUUGUACUGUUAGAAUAUUUCUAAUUUCUAGGGUGUGUUUCUUGUUUGGUGGAGGAUAUAAUGGAAAGGUAUCACUUUGGUGAUUUUGUUAGUACUUGUCUACCUAGGACCAGUAGU